AUGUCUACGAUGAAGAUGCUACAGUGCCGCAAGUGCAGCCAGCCGAACAAGCGCAAGGGCAAGUCGCCUUCAUCGGCCGUCAAACGAUCAGUGCGCUGGGACGACGAAAGUGCGCCUGCGCUACAAGUUGCAUUUCACGGCAAGACUCUUGCGCGCUUCUUCCGUAGCUCCGGUGGUUUGUCGCUGUCGUAG